CCCGCGCUCAGACAAUGGCCUCUUUUCCACUCCAUCGGAACGGACGGCCACGAUCGCAUCUUGGGAAAUGCCCGUUGACCAUCCAAGGGCCACGGCGAGCUCUCGCCGUUUCCGUUCAUGGCGCCGGCGAACUCUCGCCGCCGCGCUCCUCGCCACCACCAUCGCCAUCAUCCUCACCUGCGCCAUCCCCUACCUUUUCUUCUCCCCGCCGCCAACCCUGGUAUCCUUCCAUCCUUCCUUCAAUUCCUCUCGAGAUGCUCGUCAGAGAGUCUCGCUGCCGGCGCCUCUUGUUUCCCUUCCGAAACCCUUGUCUCCUCCUCCGGCUCGGAGGAGUUCGGAUGUGAAGUUUGCUGGAAACGAUCAUCUGAAGAUCAGAUGCUCGAUUGUGGCGGAUUUGCCGGCGAUGUCGCCCGAUGAGCAGCUUUUGUAUGCGAGAUUAGAGAUUGAGAAUCCUGAGAAUGCGCCUUUGGAUUCGGAAGAUGCUGACAACGAACUCUAUGCUCCGUUGUUCCGGAAUGUGUCCGUUUUUAGAAGGAGUUAUCAGCUGAUGGAAAAAAUAUUAAAGAUUUACAUUUAUCCGGAUGGCAAGAGACCAAUUUUCCAUACACCUAACCUUAGAGGUAUUUAUGCUUCUGAAGGUUGGUUUUUGAAAUUGAUGGAGGAGAACAAGAAAUUUGUAGUAAAGGACCCAACAAAAGCCCACUUGUUCUAUUUGCCUUACAGUUCUCGACAGCUAGAACUUGCCAUAUAUGUACCUGAAUCACAUGAUCUAAAACCGUUGUCCCACUUUUUGAAGGAUUAUGUGAAUAACAUAUCUUCUAAAUAUUCUUUCUGGAACCGAACAAAAGGAGCAGAUCACUUUUUAGUUGCUUGCCAUGACUGGGGACCUUACACAACAACAGCACAUGAAGAAUUUCGUAAGAACACUAUGAAAGCUCUAUGUAAUGCAGAUGUUUCUGAAGGUAUAUUUGUCCGUGGGAAAGAUGUAUCACUCCCAGAAACAACCAUCAGGACACCCAGGAAGCCUCUUAGAUUUCUUGGUGGAAGACCAGUCUCACAGCGAUCCAUCCUUGCCUUUUUUGCUGGAAACAUGCAUGGACGGGUCAGACCCGUCCUUCUUAAAUACUGGGAGAAAGAUAAGGACAUGAGAAUAUAUGGUCCUCUUCCAAACAGGGUAGCCAGAGAGAUGUCCUACAUUCAUCACAUGAAGACAAGUAGGUUUUGUAUUUGUCCCAUGGGUUAUGAAGUAAACAGUCCAAGGAUUGUUGAGGCCAUUUACUAUGAGUGUGUUCCAGUGAUAAUAGCCGAUAAUUUUGUGCCUCCUCUUGACGAGGUGCUUGACUGGAAUGCCUUUUCGGUGAUCAUUGCAGAGAAAGACAUACCUAAGAUGAAAGAGAUUCUUUUAGGUAUUUCUCUAAGGAAAUACGUGUCCAUGCACGACAAUGUGAAGAGAUUGCAGAAGCAUUUUUUAUGGCAUAACAAGCCAGAAAAGUAUGAUUUGUUUCACAUGAUUCUGCAUUCGCUCUGGUUUAACCGGCUGAAUCAGGUCCAACUGCAGCAGUGAAGAUUUUUAUUCGGCAAUGUACAUACGACAUCCAAGUGUAGGAUCAUAGCACGGAGAUGAUUGUCCUCCUUGAUAUUUAACAAGACUUUCAAAAUAAGAUCAUUCACUCUAGGUAUGAAAAUUUAUAUCUGAUUCAUGGUUUUAGUGUUUUCAGGUUUACCAACUUUUUUUCUCCACAGAAAUUAUAAAAAUAUGCUGUCUGUGAUGGAUAUGAACUAAAUUUAUGAAAACUGAAAAAUGUUCAAGAUGUGAUGUUGAAGCCUAAGGUCAUACAAUUAGUUGAUAGAUGCAGAGUGUGAAAGAAGGGAUUUUUUGCAUUCUUUUCUUGUAAAUUACUGAAUAGUUUUGGAUCUUAAUUAUCAUGAUUCUUUUGUAAGAAACUGUUUAUGUGAGUUAUUGAACAUCAUUUCUUGAAUAGACAGACGUUGUAAAUCAUUUU